UAACAAAAAGAUGAUAACCCGGAUGUAGUGUGUGAGUAGUGGACAAUAAGUUUCCGGUUGUCACUGUCGACUCUGACCCCCGGUUUGUGCAGAGCCCUGCCUCUCUGCCAGAAGACAGAAUAUUUGGUCUAAUUUCUGAGACGUGCCAGGGUGUCCCCCCUCUCCAUGUGUGGUCCCUAAUGGGCGGCUGGUCUCGCAGUGCCGUGCUGGAGCUGUACCGGGCGCUGCUCCGUGCAGGGCGUCACCUUCAGUACACUGACCGUAAUUACUAUCGCCGUGCCGUGGCGCGCGAGUUUCGCCGCUGCCAAGCCCUGACCGUACCUGAAGAUAAGGAGGACGCACUGAGGAGGGGCCAGUUCUUCCUCAGAAGCAGAUUGGGCGGGCUUAUGUAG